AUGAGAGCAGCAGGGGCAGCCACCUACGGGCCACAAGGACGAGGCAGAGAGCGGAGGAAGGAUUCGGCCGAGAUAGAGUGCUACAGAUGCCGUAAAAUGGGACAUGUGGCAAGGAAUUGUCCCAGCGCGUAUGAGGAGAGGCAACAGGACCGCAGGAGCGACGCGCCACGCCGAGGGGGAUGGCAGCAGCGACGGGGGAAGAGCAGCAACGAGGAGCCACAGACCGCUGGGAGCGCUGGGCUCGACCCGACAGGAGCGCCAGGGACCAAGAAGGACCCUGCCCCUGGAGCGCCUACAGAGAAGCAGCAAAUGAUGGAGACGAGGACUACUAUGAAGACCACAGGUCGUAUUGUUUUAAAUUGA